AUAGUGAAUUAAAAAGCAACCUUAACUAAAACAGAGGAAAGACAUCCACAUCCUAGUGGAAGUUGACGACAAAUAAUGAGACGACUUUCAUGUACACCACUUAUCAUCCUCACUCCCCAAUCUUUGUCGACCAAAUAGUUUGAGCUUGUAGUAGAAAGUACCAUGAUAUCAUCAACGACCAACAGCCAUAUCAUCUGUUUGUGUACAUGUCUGGUUUUUUGUUAUUGCUACUCUUGUUCAGCUAAGGACAAUAUCACAACCGGUGAAUUCAUCAAUGAUGACGGUCUCAGUUAUUUAGAAUCUCCGGGGAAGAAGUUUCAAAUGGGCUUCUUUUCACCUGGUGAAGUAAGACGAUAUGUGGGGAUAUGGUAUACAAUGGACCCAAAGACCGUUGUGUGGGUUGCUAAUCGUGUGAAACCGCUGCUAGAUUCCACCGGAGUUCUUACUGUUGCAGAAAAUGGUAAAUUUGUGGUGAAAGAUAAAAAUUCAGCUGAUUACUUCUCAACACCCAUAGAAGGAGCUCCUGUAACAGUUCUAAAGUUAUUGGAUACUGGAAAUGCAGUAUUAAUGAAUGUUGCAUCAGGAAGUACAUUGUGGCAAAGCUUUGAACAUCCAACUGAUACGUUUCUUCCUGGGAUGAAAAUGGACACAAACUUAAAGUUGACAUCAUGGAAAAGUGUAACCGACCCAGCACCUGGAAGCUUCGAGUUUCAACCAGAAUCAGAUGAAACCCGGUAUUCUAUUUUGAACGGGUCAGCAACGUUUCUUUGGAAAAGUAGGAAGAUGUCAACGAGUAACUUUGACGACAACCAAAGUUCCUCCAACGUAUUCAAAUUGCUUUCAAAGGCCACCAUACAAAGAGUAAAAAACAAUAAUCAGUUCCGAAAUGGUACAAUAUCUUACGAAACUGUUCCCUCAUAUGACCUUAAUUCAAGGUUGGUAAUGAAUUAUACAGGGAAGGUACAAUAUUUUAGUUGGUCAGAUGUAAAACGCCAAUGGGUUUCGGAGUGGGAGGAACCAAAAGAUGAUUGUAGCGUUUAUAGGGUGUGCGGGCAAUUUGGGAUGUGUAAGGAAAAUGACUCAUCAUUGUGUAGUUGCCUGCCUGGGUUUGAACCUAUUUCACCUGAUGAUCAUUCGAAAGGAUGCAGGAGAACUUCUAAUAUAUGUGACAAAAGUAUUAAAGAAACAUUCAUAAACAGAACUAUGAUUAGCAUGGAUGAUACAACUGUUCCCUUCUUUGAAUCAGAUAAUGAAUCAGCAUGCAUAAAAGAGUGCCUCAAAAACUGCUAUUGCCUGGCUUAUUCUUAUGGUUCUCUUAUAAACGAGGGAGGGACACGGAACCGGAAUCAUGUGAAUACACGCGGUUGCUGGUUCUGGGAUACAGAACCAUAUAAUCUUAACGGGGAGGGUACACAUAAUAUUUCCUUCCGUAUUUCUGAAUCUUCAAAUGUUAGCAUCAAUACACCAUCAGAGAAACCUAAGACUGAAAGAAAAUCAUCAUCCUCGAAACUAGUCCUUGCAAUUUCUAUUGCAAGUUCAGCUCUGGUUCUUUCACUAUUUUGCGGCAUUGGCUAUAUUACUUAUAAACGAUUGGUGAAUGGAAGAAACAAUAACCAAAAUAAAAAAGAGUCACAGUCUCAUAGUAUCAAUGAAUUACUUCAUCUUGAUCACUCUAAAGAAGAUGACAGAGAAGGCCUCGAUGUGCCGUACUUUGAGCUGGAAAGCAUAAUAGAUGCUACCAACGACUUCGCAGAGGAGAAUCGGCUUGGCCAAGGUGGUUUUGGGCCUGUCUACAAGGGUAAGCUUCCUGGAGGUGACGAAAUUGCAGUGAAGAGGUUGUCGAGCCUCUCUGGACAAGGCUUACAAGAGUUCAAAAAUGAGGUUACACUGAUUGCUAAACUUCAACACAGAAAUCUUGUUAGACUAUUGGGAUAUUGCAUCAGGGGAGAAGAAAAAAUGCUACUUUAUGAGUACUUGCCAAAUAGAAGUUUAGAUCUAUUUAUUUUUGAUCAAACACUUUGCGCAUCACUAAACUGGGAAAUGAGAUUCGAUAUCAUUAUGGGAAUUGCUAGAGGACUUAAUUAUCUUCAUCAUGAUUCUCGGUUGAGGAUUAUUCAUAGGGAUUUGAAGACAAGCAACAUUUUGCUAGACGAGGAUAUGAAUCCAAAAAUAUCGGAUUUUGGUUUGGCCAAGAUAGUUAAAGGAAAAGAUAUCGAAGAUAUCACCAACAGAGUUGUCGGAACCUUUGGUUACAUGUCUCCUGAGUACGCACUUGAUGGUGUGUUCUCUAUUAAAUCUGAUGUUUUUAGCUUCGGAGUGGUAUUGCUUGAAAUAUUAAGUGGGAAAAGAAACACUGGAUUCUAUCAAGCCCAAAAGCGUAUAAGUCUUUUGUGGCAUGCCUGGAGCUUAUGGAUGGAAGACAGACCAUUUGAGUUGCUGGAUCAAACACUGAUGAAAUCAUGCAAUUCAAGUGAGGUAUUGAAGUGUAUAUGUGUCGGACUCAUGUGUGUGCAAGGAAACCCUGACGAUCGCCCUACCAUGACAAAUGUGGUUAUGAUGCUCGGAAGUGAUAUGGCCACCCUCCCAACUCCAAAAGAACCGGUGGUCAUUCCAAGUAGAGACCAUGCUACUUCCUCUUCUUCUAGUUUGUCUAAACCGGAUACGCAAACUACAAACAUGUUGACGAAUACAGCGGUAGCCGGACGCUAACCAAGCAUUUAUUUCGAAUAUAGUUUCUUGGAUACUUCCCUUUACAAAAUAAGUUUUUUGAUUAUAUUUAGUUGAUAAGUAUGUAUAUGUUGUAUUUGUAAGAUGACAUCUGAUGUGCGUGAAGUGUGUUAUAUUUUUUAUGUAUAUUUUAAGCUCUUUUUACA